GGGCUGAUAGGGCAGAGCAACUGUGUCUUCUCUGGAAGAGAGAGAGAGAAAAAAGAGAGAGAGAGAGAGAAAGAGAGAGAACUCACAUGAGAGGAAGUGCACAGACACAGUAAAGUCAGAGGGUUGUGUCAGGCAGUUGAGUGUGACUCCCUCUGUCUGUCAGUGCACAGCCGGGCUCCAGCGCUGCAGCACCACCACUCCCCUGUCAAAGCAGGAUCUAUCUUCUCCCCGUGCCUCCACGCCCGUCUGACCGCUGCCUCUGUGAUUGACUGGACCGCUGUGGAAGCUCGGAGGGGCCUCUCACUGGAUGUCAGCACCCAAAGCCGUGGAUGUGAUCAUCAGCAAUCAGGCUUCAUUAUCCAUACAUGGGGAGCAGCCCAUGGACCUAAGUGUGACCCAGAGGUUGUUACAUCCCGGCCUAGAUUCGGCCAUGCUGGCCCCCCGCCCUCCCUUCUUCCUUGGACCUCAGCAUUGCUCUCAGUUCUCCCCGCAGCACUUGCAGUAUAACAUUGAACAAAGGCAAAGAGAGAUGGAGCAGGAGAAAAGAGAAGGGCUGCAACAGCUGACACGAAAGAGCAAAAAUGAGCAGAGUGCUGUAGCCAGUCCUCUGGUAAGGCAGAAACUUCGGGAACACAUAAUUAUGAAGAGCCAGCCCACCCAUGACAGGGUCACUCCCAACCACAGCAGUCCUACACCAGGAUACAGGCUCCCGGACAUGUCCCCAAAGUCUUCAGCCUGUGAGGAGCGUAAAGACCUUGCCCUGCGCAGAACAGUCUCUGAGCCCACUCUGAAGUGGAAGAUAAAGAAGUUCAUCAGCACAAGGCCAAACCCGCUGCGGCGUAAGAUCAGCGCCCCUCCCGCUGUCAAGCACAGGACUGAAACUCUGGACUCGUCCCCCAGCAGCAGCAGCACCCCAGCAUCAGGGUGCAGCUCACCCAACGACAGCCUCCAUUCGGAAAACGGGCACCUCCCAGUGGCUCAUGAGGCACAGAGGCUGCUGGCCCAUUUCAGCUUGCCCUCCAACCCCACUGCCAUGCCCAACAUCACUGCUGGACUUCCUGCACAGGCUGACCUGCGACUAGCCAGGCCGUUGGCAAUAUCUGCUCUGCAUCAGGUCUACCUGCCUCUGGAUGGAAGCAGCUCAUCCCUGGGUCAGCACCUGCAGCCUGUGCUUAUACUGGAACCACACACCGGACUGGUGCACACCCAGCUUGUCUCUCUUCAUGGUUUGAGCUCCAUUCCUCUGCAGCAGCAGCAGCCUCACCUGUCGUCCCCCACCAGAAGGGAAGGUGUAGUUACCUUGUCUUCCCACAGACCGCUGGAGCGAACACGCUCCGAGCCUCCGCCCUACAGCCACUCAAACAUUUCUCUGCAUGCCAACCGUCACUCACACAUCCAGCACCAGCUGAUCCAGCAAUACCACAAGAGCGGGCUGGAGAGGUUCAAGCAGAACGCACACCUGAGCAAGAUCCCAUCGGAGGACAUGGACCUGGAGGAGAUUGGAUCAGGAUCAGGUUCGGGGCCCGGGUCCGUGUGCGAUUCAGAACCGGGCUCUGUGUGUGAGGACGGCUACCGCAGGAGACAGAGCACUGCCAGCACGGACUCAGUUUACGGAACGGAGUCCAAUACCUCCUCACGGGACAGCUUGAUCGAGAUCUCACAUUCACUCAAUCAGAGGCAGGUGAUCCUUCGAUCAGGUCUCCAGCUGGACCCCCUGGGUGGGCCUGCCCUAAUUUGGCCUCACCAGCCUCUGGUUCGGACACAGUCCUCCCCAGCCUCCACUUCCCUGCAUCCUCCUCCUCCACAUUCAGCCACAACCAUACCUUCCCUGUCACUGUCCAUCCCGGCUGCAGACGUCCAGCUACGCUUCACCACAGGUCUGGUUUAUGAUGCUCAGAUGCAGAAGCACCAGUGUACCUGUGGGGACAACAGCCGCCACCCUGAGCAUGCUGGGAGGGUCCAGAGCAUCUGGUCCAGACUGCAUGAAAGGGGUCUCAGGAGCCAGUGUGAGCGUAUCCGCAGCAGGAAGGCCACUCUAGAAGAGCUGCAGUCGGUCCAUUCAGAGAAACACGUGCUUCUGUUCGGCACCAACCCGCUCAACCGCCUCAAGCUGGACAAUCGCAAGUUGGCUGGAAUCUUAUCUCAACGGAUUUUUGUGAUGUUGCCAUGCGGAGGAGUUGGGGUGGACAUCGAUACAGUCUGGAAUGAACUUCACACAUCAGUAGCCUCCCGUAUUGCUGCAGGAUGUGUCACAGACCUGGCACUGAAGGUGGCACAAGGGGAGCUGAAGAAUGGCUUUGCAGUGGUGAGGCCUCCGGGACACCAUGCAAACCACUCCUCCCCGCUGGGCUUCUGUUUCUUCAACUCUGUGGCCAUCGCCGCCAAGCAGCUCCAACACAAACUCAACGUCAGCAAGAUCCUCAUCGUGGACUGGGAUGUUCACCAUGGCAACGGCACCCAGGAAGCCUUCUAUAACGACCCGAGCGUGCUGUACAUCUCCCUGCAUCGCUAUGACGAUGGCAACUUCUUUCCCGGUAGUGGACAUCCCAGUGAGGUGGGUGCAGGUGCAGGCGAGGGCUUCAAUGUGAACGUAGGAUGGACAGGGGGUUUGAACCCUCCCAUGGGUGACGCCGAGUACCUGGCUGCAUUCAGAGCCGUGGUGAUGCCCAUCGCCCACGAGUUUUCCCCUGAUGUGGUGCUGGUGUCCGCUGGCUUUGAUGCUGUCGAAGGACAUUUGUCAUCGCUGGGAGGCUACAAGGUCACAGCCAAGUGUUUUGGCUUCCUGACCCGUCAGCUGAUGUCACUGGCCGGGGGUCGGGUUGUCCUGGCUCUGGAGGGGGGACAUGACCUCAAGGCCAUCUGCGACGCCUCUGAAGCCUGCGUCAGCGCCUUGCUGGGCAUGGAGGUGGAGCCUCUGUCCCAGUCCGUGUUGGACCAGAAACCUUGUGAAAAUGCUGUCAAGUCACUGCAGAGAGUCAUCCAGGUCCAGGGUGAGUACUGGCAGAGCGUAAAGGAUUCGGCCGCCACCGUGGAUCUGUCCUACCUGCAGGCGCAGAGACGGCGGCUGAGACGAGACUCGGACAGCGAGGCCGUCAUCGCCAUCGCCUCGCUGUCGAUGGGAGCUGUCGCUUCUGACAAUGAACAGCCAGAAAAACUGACAGAGAAAGAUGAUUCCCUCUGAGGAAAGAGUCUCCUGACAGCUGCCUUUGACCAAGUCUCUAUGGAAACACACACACACACACACACACGCACACACACACACACACAGAGAGCUAUGCAUUUGGACCAUCACUGGAAGCAGAUGUCCUCCUCAGUUCGACCACUGUAUUCACUCCUCCACCUGCGUAACUACUGGCUCCAGUCUGACCACUCUGAUGAUUCAAACACACACUGAACAUUCACCUGGGCAACAUUCAAUGCUCUCAUGACGCCUCUACAGGCUUCUCCUGAAGGGGACAUCGGCCUCUGAACGGAGAAAAAAGUUGAAAAGAAAGACAACCAGAGGCGAAUUAAUGAAGGAUCUUCACUCUCUUGUAGCAACAUAACGUAGCAGGAACACACACUUGACGAAGCACAGCUCUCCGCGACUUUAAAUUCACCUUGUAAACGACUCCCACAAGAGCUGCGAGAGAGACCGUUGUAACCUUGAAGGCGGGGUCAAAGGUCACCCUGGGCUCACUGAAGCCAAUCACUCCAAGCGGGGAAGGAGUCGUCCCCGCAGGACGUGCCGGUGAAGGAGAGCAGACACAUCCUCCGCGUCCCACGAUGAUGAUGUCAUUUGUCUGAAGGUGACAAAGAUCCAAUGAAGGAAAAAAGAUCAGGAGCUUCUGAUCGUUUUGCACUGCACCGCUCCGUAAUGUGAACUGGACAAGAUGGAGGAAGACGCGGCCAUGUUGACAAUCAAACAUCUUGUUUGUUCAUGUUUUUUUAGUUUAUUUGAAUAUUCAUUCAUUUGACCUUUGGCACACAUUUUUGUGAAUGUGAGCAGGAGUUUUUUUAAGAAUCCAGUAAGAGUGAAGCUACAGAUGCAUGUGUUUCAUAUUGUUUUGUAUGUCCACAUAUUUUCUUAAAUCGUUUUUUCUUUCAUAGCCUGUCGGGCGAGCAUAUGCGGCGAGAGUCUGCAGUUAUUGUUAUGGCUCCCCGGCAGAUAAAAGAAGACACCGCAGCCUUUGAUGAAGUGCGUCUUAAAAGUGUCGACAUGCUGUAGUUUGCAUCGGUGGCAUUAGUCACAAUGAAGAGCUAAUACCUCCAGUCGUUGGAGCAUCAAUAUCAGGGGAGGAAGAGAUUCUUUACACGUCAGCAAAGACACAAAUCGCCCAUGAUGCCUCAGUGCAGCUUGACCACUCAGAAAUGAUUGUAUAUGUGACGAUGCAGAUCACAUUUUGGGUGAGACUUAAUGACAAUCCCACGAUUAAAGUGCACUUACGUUGCCCUCAGGACGAGAAGAUCAGAACGACUUAAAAUCUGAGCUCGGACCAGUGUUUCUACCUGUGGACGUACAUUCCUGCUGUACUUUGUAAAUUCAUUGCAAACUCUUUCAUAAUAAGGACAAACUGACCUUCGUUCGUCAUUGACGUAGCAGCGUUCUGUUUACUCUCUGCCGCGGGGACGUUUGGCUCCCCGGACCAAACAGCGACGUUUUAGCAGCAAUAAUACUGAGAUAGUUGAAUAUCCACACAGUGCAAUUGGACACAGGUUAAGCGAAACCAAAGUUUAUGAGAACAAUGUGCCGUCGCUGGACUGGCAUGGCUUAAAGAACUUCAAAGACUUUGAAGAGUUUGUGAAUGUUUCUUUUUUUUUUUUUUUUUAUCCAAACAGUCGAACAGCACCAAAAGCACAGGACGGAUAUAUAAACAAAUUUCUCCAAAGAAAAAAAACUAUUUAUACAUUCAGAUUCCGUGUCUUUGAAGUGCUCUUUGCAUGUCUAACACAAUUAUGACGGUGCUAUGGAUUAUUCUUUUUUAAGUUUGCCUUUUUCUUUCUUUCUUUCUUUACGUUGUGUACGCAACUCAAAAUGAAAUCGAAUCUUUAAUGUAAUGAAAAUGUGAAAACAAGCUCCUUAUCAUGUAGGACAGUCCGAGUGUUUACGAGAACAUUCACGACAGUGACCUGACAUAUCUAAUGUCUUAUCUUUUGUCUUAUGCAAAUGACUUAUUUUUGUAUUUGAUCUCAAAAAUGAACCCUGUGUGUACUUAGAGACCAAAUUGUCAGCCUGUGUGCCUUGAAUGCUGACCGACCUGUGUGAAGGUAGCCUUAACUAACUGGAUCUUAAUGAAAACUGCAGGCAAAGUCCAGUUUUCUCUUAACUGACUCUCUGACUAGUUUCUGUACAGUGUACAUAUUGACUUUGUGUUGUUUUUUUGUCUGCCUUUGUCUUUUCUACUAUUUUUGUUUCCAGAAAAAAAAAUCCUUAAUAAAGGUAAAUUAUAUACA